CACAUGGGACCAGCUGGGCACAGUGCGGGCAGCGCCUGGGAUGCGGACAGCUGGGGGCUCGGGCUGUGUGCUCCUGCCCGCUACCGCUGAGACCUGCCCUGGCUCACCACGUCCCACGCCUGUGAGGUGUGUUGGCGCCUCCGUGCCACAGCUGGACGGCUGGAGCUCUGUCCCUCCUGCCAGGGGAGCUGUGCCUCCUGGGGGCCAGGCGAGUCCCAGUUACCCACCUGGGCUCUGGCUCACACUGACCACUCAGAGGUGCCCUCACCUUCCCUUGCUUCUGCUGUGGUCCCCUGGAACGGGAGGCUGCUCUGCAGGGGGACGAGGCCCUUGGCUGGGCGUCACGAUUUCCAGACAUGGAAGGAGGCCAGGACUCAGCAUGGUGAUGGCCUCUCGGCCCCGCACACGCCAGGGUCUCCAGAGGAGGCAGGCAGGGCAGUCCUGGCCUCGCAGCACAGCAAAAGCCCCUGGCACAAGGGUGCCCAGGGCAGCAGGGCAGCCAGCAGGAACAGGAGCCCUGGCCUCCCUGGCAGCCCUCUGCUGCCUGGCCUGUCCCCCCACAGCCCCCACCGGUCCAGGCAGGCGAGCCACAUUGCUCCCCGGAGUCUGCUGCCUGUCUCCGUGGACCCGCUGCUGUGCCGUGGCCUCCCUCUGGCCUCAGGCCCCAGCCGUCCAUCUCUGGGUUCAGUCACGGGCCACUGAGGCCUCUCAGGACCACAAGGAUCCCAUUCCCUCACCAUCCCCUUUGCCUGCCACCUGGCCCGCCACCUCUGCUGUGUCCCAGUGCCACCCAGGGUUGGCUAAGCUCCCCAGCAGGGUGGGGCUCCCUCUGCCCAGGCUCCAGGCUGGACAGGGCCUUCUGUUCUUCCCACUCUGGCCAGGACCGACUUGUCCAAGGGUGGCUGCCACCCACUGGCUCACAGGACUCGAGGCUCAGGAGGACCUGCCUGUUCACAGCCCUGCAGCCAGAAGCAGGCCAAGUGCCUGGACCGCCAGACACAGCCCCUCCUGCCGCUGGGCGGUCCAGCUCUUCCCGGGGAGCCCAGGCAGUCCAGCCGGCGCUUGCCCAGCCUCAAAAGCUGGUCCAGGCCCCACCCAGGAUGAAGGGCCACUGCCUGCCUCCCAGCCACCGUCUCCACCCGCCAAGGUCCUGCCCUCUGGUCCCCACUUCUCUGCUGCAGCCAGAGGGUCAGGUCAGUCCUUCGCACCCCACCUCUGGGGCAUGGGGAAGGGCGGACGUGGCCUGGCAGCAGGUGUCUCUGGUCUCGUGAACAAAGAAGUCGGUGUCUCCAAUGUCCCUGGCCGACUUGGCGAGUCCAGCCGGAUCCUGGUCCGUGGCCCCCGGGCACCCUCACUGCCUGCUGCUGCACACUGGCCACCAGGGCCCAGCCAGGAAUAUCAAGUCGUGGGAAAGGCUCCGUCCACCUGUGCGACCCCAGCCCGGCCACGCCAGUGCCCAUGGGAGUUGGGUUGCUCCUAGGGGGUCUCUUGCUGACUGGUUCUCAGGGUGACCUGAACCACGUCUGGGGACAUUUGUGGCUGCACCACAGGAGAGUCCAUCACAGACCAAGUCGUCGAUGGGAACAGCGGCUGGAGCGACCGGAUCCCGCUCCUCAUGGAGAUGGGGGAGGCAGCGGCUCGGCUCCCAGUGAGGCCGCCUAAUAACAGCGUGUCAGGCUCCUACGCGGCUUGUUUGCGUCUCUGCCGCUGAAGUCAUUAGCGCAGGCGGGGGCGCAGCUCGGGCCCCCCCCCCCAGUCUCGGGCCCAGAGAAGCCCAUGGCACCUUUGGACCUGUCCCAGCGGCCGCCCCUGCCCUGCCCUACCUGGGCCCGAGUCUCGGGUUGGCUUCAGGUCAAGGCCAGGGGCCCCGUCACUCCUGAAGAUCCAGGCUUCCCCUCAGUGCCCCCGGCCAUCCCAGCCCCUCCUGAGCAGCAGGCAGGGGCCCAGGCUCCUGAGAGCACCGGAGGGUCCCCUCGGGAUGGCUGCUGCCGGGCGCGGGGGCCUGGACGCGUCACACCUCUCCGGCUCCGUCCUGCCCCCUCCCAGGCUCUGAAAGCUGCACCUGUAGCUCCUCAAGAUAGGGACACGGCUGACCUCUGCCAAGGGCAAAGUGACCACCGUAGGGCCGACCGGCUGUGGGAGGCAACACGGCCCUGCCGCCCUGGGGCACAGUGGCAGCCGCCUGCUCUGCUUCCUCCUUAAGGGAUGUGACUAGGUGGGGGGCCCCUCUCUGGAAGGACCCACUGGGCUCGUCCCAGCUCCGUCAGGCCCACCAGACUGGCCCGAUGAGAUGGGCCCUAGAACAGGGACUGUCCCCUUGGCACUGGGGACCUUGGGGCCGGCGGGUGUCAUGGGUGCCAGCAGCACUCCUGGCUCUGGGCUGGGCUGGGGCAGUGUGACCUGUGCCCCUGCUCCAGGCCCUCCACUUGGCUCCUGGCACGGCAGAGUGCUGGGGGUCAGAAAGGACCCUGGUGAGAGCCAGCCCAGGUCCAAGGCCAUCACAUUCUAGAGAGGGGUGUGGCACCAACACAGUGCCACAUCCAGUAGCAAGAGGGCCCUGAGGAGAGAUGGCAAAGGGACAGGGACCUUCCACCCAGGGGCCAGGUGACACCUGAGAGGCACCAGCGGAAGAGCAGUCAGUCCAAAGGCCCCGGGGCAGCUCCUGUGCCUGGCUGCUGUGCGAAGAGCUCAGGUGUUCCGGCGCUUUCCUGCCACAGGGAGGCUUCAUCGGCUCCCCUCCUCCAAGGUGAUGGUGAGGAGCCCCCAUCCCUCAGGAGCGUCCAGGCCACCUGUGGGGCCGGGCAGGAGCUCGGGGGAGGCGCGUGUCCUCCGUGCUGGGCUGUGGUCCUGGGGAGCCACAGAUACUGACGGGCAGAAACGGGCUUAGAGAUGGCAGCCCAUUUGUUUUGGAAGACAAGCUGCGUUUUGACCAAUGACCUCCUUGUUUUAAAAUAUUGAUGCAAACUUAAUGUCAACCAAAAGCCCUGUGGGCCAGACCCCAGCGCCUGAGGCCGUGGCAGGCAGCCUCUGCUCACCUGCAGGUGGUAUCAGUCCCUAGAGAAUGCAGAGUGAAGCCAGCUGCCCUCCUGCCCAGGCCAGCCUGGGGAUGCCCAGGCCUGGCGUGGCCCUGGCCAGGGGACUGGGGUGAGAUCGGGUCCCUGGGGUGGCCAGGCCAGGUGAGGAGCUGGGACUUUGCCCUGGCACUUGGGUGGGAGGAGGAUCUGUAAGACAAGACCCACUAAAGGUCCCUGGGCUGGGCCCCAGACGGCCAGGGGCUGGAAGGAGGGGCAUCAAGAACAGCCCCCAGACCCAGCCGCCUGCGCUGUUCAGAUCCUGUUGGAACCAAGUUCCAGUCCAGGUCCUGCCUCUUCCUUGCUGAGCCACCUUGGGCCAGUUGCUGCCCUUCUCUGAGCCCUGGGAGCUGGAUGCACUGGGAGCUGUCAGCAUGGAUGAGUGGGGACCCUGUCUGACUGGGGAGCUGGAGGGGCUAGCUAGAGCUGGGAUGUCCUCUCCCUGUCCAGAAGCAGUCAGCACCCGGGGAGCCCAGGGACUCCAGGGAGGGAGUGCCAGGAAGGGGUGCUGCCUUGGCUUGCUCUGCCUCCCGGGGUCUGCUCUCUCCAGUAGUAGGAGGUCACAGCUCCCAAGGAGGGGCAGACUUGACAGUGCCCAUCUCCUUGGCCAGCCAUGGGAGAGGCAGCACUGCCACCCUUGUGGGGUGCUCCCAUGUCCCAGGGAGAGCAAGGAGGGACCUGAAGUCCCUGGCUCACAAGGCCAGAGCCUGGCCUGGGAUCUAUAAAUAGCAGCAGAGCCUGGCACGCUGCGCGGUGCCCACUCUCCUACCAUGAGUCAGCCUGCCCCAGCCUGGGAGAGCUGGAGAGCUGGCCAGACCCCGCCCAGGGCCCUCCAGUCAUUCAGGAGACUGGCAGAGACCAGCGGGUGUCAAGGUGGAGGGAGCAGGGCGCCCAUCCUGAGCCUGUCUGCACUUGGCUGUUCCCAGCAGCCCUGAGGGGCAGGAGUCUGCCGCCCAGGGAGCCUGGCUGGGCAGGGUUGAGCACACCCUGAAAUGAAGGCCAGGCCACCCUGUAAGGCACCCCGCAGGGCCAGCAAGAGCAGGAUGGAAAGGAACCUGAGCCUCAGACCAGGAGGCUGCACCUUGACCCAGGAGGCAGAGGGAGGCUGGGAUGGGAGGACAGGACUGAAGUCAGGGAGAGAUGCCCCUGAGCCCUCCUGCUGAGUCCUGCCUGGCAGGAGAGGAGGCGGUGGUCCUGGAGGCAGUGCUGGGUCUCCAAGGGAGCAGCAGGGGCCCACCUCAGCUAGGGCCUGGAAGUGACGGGUCAGUAACAACCAGGGAGCUGAGGGCUUGAGGGCGCCUGGCUCCCAGCACCAGCUUACACCUUCCAGACCAGCCUACAAAAGCCCCUCCUGUAGGCCCCAAGGGCUGACCUCCCAAUGAGGGGCACCUUCCUCCAGCAUGUUGGGCCUGGGGCUGUGGCACACCUGCCCCCAGGGGACCCUGCAGUGUGCUCCCUGGACCCCAAUGUCCAGCCUCCUCCAGGAUCUGCCAGGUGGGGUCGAGAAGAGCGUCUGCUGUGCUUCACUGCACUCACAGGGACACCUCAGGCACAUGCACCAAGGUUUGUUCUCGGACAUUGUGGGGAAGACAAGCGCCUCCCCAGCAGAAAAGGCGAACCCGCUGCCGGGCCGCACUGUGUCCCGGUCGGGCCCACCGUCGCACGACCCCGGCGCGUCGGGGACACAGACAGCCUGGGCAAGGUACCCGCUGACCCGAGGCCGGCCCCUCGGCCUCUCCACCUGAUUGAUCCGUGUGUUCAUUCCGCCAGGCGUCCCUUGCAGUCGGGGUGAGCUCGACCAGGACCCGCCAGCCCUACCCGUGGCUCCGCCCCAGCCCCUUGCCCCUCCGGCUCCCGGCUCCCGCGCAUCCUGGGCGCACGGGCGCCCGCUCGGAGCUGGGGGAGCAGGACCCGCGUGCCCGGGUGCAGGG